AUGAGUCUCAACACAGCGCCUGGUGAUGUUUUGAUAAAUGGCGAGCCUUCGAACGAAAGAACUCCGCUGUUCGCUUCAGAGAUCAGACAUCGGAGGGUGCCUGGCAUCGACAUUCAGAAUGAAUAUCCUGGCUUGUUGGAGGAGAGCGACGAAGAUGUCGCGCAGAUGAACAGAGAGUUAAGACGAUUGAACAGAAGUUUGAGUAACGCAACUUUACGUUUUGAAAAUGGAGAGUCCCUGCUGGGGUCGUAUCUCAAGAACCCACACAGGACCUUGAGUAUGUUUGCUGGUGUGUUCUGCCCAGUGGCCUUGUCGCAGUUUUCAUCCCUGUUGUUUCUGAGACCAGGAUUUGUGGUGGGCAACUCUGGAUUGUUGGAGACCUACUCUCAGCUGAUUCUGGCCUUGAUUAUAAGUAAUGCAGACAUGAUCAGCCGAGCUCUGGGACCAGAAUUUGGUGGAAGCAUUGGUUUCCUCUUCUAUGUGGCCAAUGUUUUAUCCUGUGCAUUGUACACGGUUGGUUUUGUGGAGGGCGUCCUCCAGAAUUUUGGUGUAGGAGGAAGCUUCACAUCCGAGUCCAGCGGACUUCCUGUGGAUUCUGAUUGGUGGAAAUACCUGUAUGCUUCAGUGUCUCUGUUUGUGUGUCUGCUGAUCUGCAUCGUAGGAGGAGAGAUGUUUGCAAGAACAUCUGCUUUGAUUCUGCUGACUGUUGUUGUGGCAACGCUGUCAGUGUUCAUCAGUGCCUUUGUGAAACAAGAUACCAUUCUUGUGGAGAUUCCCAAAACCAACACCUACGCUUACAGCAACGCCUCUGCAAAUGAAACUAUAUAUGGGAUGUACACAGGGCUUAGUGCUGCAACUUUCAGGGAAAAUCUUUACAGUAAGUUCACCAUCGACUACAGCACUGACAGGAUGAUGGACUAUGCCACAGUGUUUGCUAUCUUGUUCAGUAGUGUCACCGGCAUCCUCAACGGGGCCAACAUGUCAGGAGAACUGAAAGAUCCAUCAAAAGCCAUUCCCAGAGGCACCAUGUCAGCCGUGUGUUUUACUUUCUGUACCUACAUGAUUCUCUGUACGCUGGUAUCAGGCACAGCCUCCAGGUUUCUUCUGGUGAAUAAUUACGUGUACCUGCAGCAAGUCAACAUCUGGAAACCAUUCGUGGUCAUCGGGAUAUUUGCCUCAACACUUUCCGCAGCUCUGGGAAAUCUCAUUGGUGGUUCUAGGAUCCUGCAAGCUCUUGGCAAUGACCAGUUAUACUGGUUCUUUUUGAAACCUGCAACAUGGACAACCAAGGGUGGCAACCCAUUGCUCAGUGUUUUUAUGACCUGGUUUUUUGUUCAGCUGGUGCUGUUGAUCGGAUCAUUGAAUGAGAUAGCACCAAUCACAUCUGUGUUCUUUUUGCUGUCAUAUGCUGCUGUCAAUCUGGCAUGUCUUUCCCUGGAGCUUGCCUCAGCACCAAACUUUAGACCCACAUUUGUGUACUUCUCCUGGUAUACCUGCCUGUCUGGCCUGAUUGGCUGCAUGAUCAUGUGUUUCCUGAUUUCAGCUAUCUAUGCCAGCGUCUCCCUCAUUAUCAUGCUGAUACUGGCCAUUGUUCUUCACUUCCGGUCUCUUCCUUCCACCUGGGGCUCCAUUAGCCAGGCGCUCAUAUUUCACCAG